CCGAGAGCCCAAUACGCAGCUCGUCGCGCGUGUCAGUGCGUGUACGUGUGCGCGUAUGGCGGAGAGCGUACAUUGGUGUAUAUAGUGUACGCGAGAGUCGGUGCGCCUCUCGGCACAAAUUGCGAGUAAAAUGGAAGCAGAAUUUCGCUGCGAGGUUGAGGUACGCCGUUGAGAACAGUGAACAUGGGAAGGUCCAAGUUUCCCGGGAAGCCGCCAAAGACGGCUACCAGGAAACGGAUCAAGGUGCUCGGCCAGCCUGAAGCAGCGCAAGGCGAUCCGGUAACCGUCGCCGAAAACAUCUACUACGGACUUUCCCUGUUCAACGAAACGUUCGGUGACAACGAGAAGGAACAUCCACCAUUCCAUGGAUUUAGCACUAAAGAGGCUAAUCUUUCUGCAUCUUACAUAAAGACACAGCAACACGAUGCAGAGAAGAUCACUGAUAAAUUACCCUCUGUUACAAUCAAAAAUCUUGCACCACAGUCUAGCACGAAGAAGAAUACUACUGAUGUUAAAAAUUCUCCCACAAAUACUGAAAAUGGCACAGAGAAGUUUACCGACAUCAAUUCAAAACCAAUUCAAGAUACCACACAACUCGAUACAAACUUGAAUGUCAAGCAUACUGUAAAAAUUCACCGAGCUAAAAAUCGUAAGAAUUGCAAAAACAUGAAAUUUUCGAAUUAUUUAACAAAUCCAGUGCUAAAAUCAGUGAACAACAUCUUGGAUCAACAUCAAAGAACUAGACAGUUACGUAACAGUACUGCCAAAAGAUUGCUUCAAAGGGCAAAAUCAAAUGGAAGUAACACGCGUAAUUUGGUAAUUCAAUCUGGAGAAAAGCCUAGUACUGUGAGAAAAUUUGUUUUACCUGUUCGUAGUGUGCAUUCAUCUAGGGUUAUAAAGCCAAAUAAGAGAUUUAUCGAGGAAUUGGAAGAAAUCUCUACAGAGCAUAGCGAGAAUGAAAUUGGUACACAUGUUAAAAAGGCUAAAUUAAAUUCGGAUAAGCUCGGCAAUCAGGAAUCAAAAUUGAAGGGAGACGCAGUUAACAAAUUAUGUACAAAAUUUAAAGAUAGAGAUGCACGAACCAAGUUGAGAAGAGUCAUUCAGAACGCAGACUCCAAUAACGAGAUUGUAACUCAGCAAAUAAAAGAUGUGGAGAAAUCAGCGAGUUCUGUACAAAACGCACAAAUAUCAAAAAUUAUUCAUAGAGAAGUAAAGAAAUCCCAUACUAUAUCGUGUAAGAAUAAAGUAAGUAGUAUAUCUGACAACUCUAAUAACAAUCAGGAAUACUUACAGAAUUUGAGUAGAACAGCACAAACUGCGAAAUCAAUAGUUCUCAGAAAUCAGAAGCAGAUUUCUAUUCCUACAAAAGUUCUUCCCGAUUCCAAUGUUCCAAACUUUGAGUCUUCCAGAGUUCAGACGAGAUCAGGAACUCAAAAUGAAAUAGUGAACGAUUUAAAUAAUCCAGCGAGCUUUGAAAGUGGUGCAGGAUCGAUGGAAGGUAGCUGUAUGAAAACUGAAGAUCACCCCGAAAAUGGUAGUAGAACUACGAUUAGCGCGUUGAAGAAUCUUGAUGCGGAAAACAAUUUAUCUGAAAGCGAAACCGAGCAUAGCAAUCAAUCGGAAAGCGAGCAGUCUGAAUUCAGUGGAGCAAAGCUCAAUGGUGGAAAAGUUAUAUUGAGGAAAGCGAGGUUAAAGUUGGACAACAAAUGCUUAAGUGGAACGGAAGGACCAUUUUCAACGACCACCAGUAAUACCAUGGGAGGAGGUACUAAUUUAGGAUUAACAGGAACUAUAAAAUGCGGUGUUUGCGGUGCGGUGAGAUUUUAUCGAUUUGUCAAACAGGCGCGCAAGUUUGGCAUUCACAGUUGCGAAUCUUGCCGGAAGUUUAUAAGCAAGAUGAUCAAACGUCAGGCUUGCGCUAAAUCCUCAAACAAUGUUCUUCCCAUUCUUCAAUGUCAUAAAGGUGACGGUUUAUGUUUAGUUCCACCUGUCGUAAGGAGCCAGCAGUGGAAUCUCAUGAGAUGCGUUUAUAAAGCCAGAUGUCCGGCGUGUUGGUUGAAAAUGUGUUUGAAAUGUUAUAACAUUCCGCCUGCCUUGAGGACAGGUUUGAAUGCGUUAUUACCACCGUUAAUGAGAGAUCCUUUAAGCAUUUCCUUACCGCUCGAUCAAGAAGAAGACGAUCAAGGACAAAAGUUGGGUUCGUGUAAACUCAGCUGGCCCGCGGAGGACAGCUCGGAGAGGAAUUUAUUCAAGUCGGCCAUGAGUUGGAGAAACCUCGAAAUGGGACAGAAGACGAUUUGUCAGGGUACCGGAGGCUUUUUCUAUACAAAGAUAGACAAAUUUGAUUCCUCGAUGAGCAUAUCGCCCAACAAAAAGCGGAGAAAAAAUAAUAGGAUUAAAGUGAGAAAGAAAAUUAAAAAUCCAGUUCUUGUCUCGUCGUCAACCGGUAGUCAAUGCGCGCAACCGCUUAGGCAGAGGCUCGAAUUGAAAGGACCAAGAGUCAAGCACGUUUGUCGAAGUGCCAGUGUUGCUCUUGGACAACCUAUUGCAACUUUUCCGAAUGCAGAUGUAAAAGAAGACAACGAACACGGCAAAAACAUUCCAAAUAUGGCAAAGGAAAUUGAGAAAAUGGAAAAAAGGAACGAAGUUACGAAAGAAAAAGACAUGCAAAAACAUAACGAAGAUAAUUCAAAUACUAACGUUAACGCAACACAAUCUCAUCCGAGAAGAGGAAAGCCGCAACACAGUGUGUCAACAUCGCAUUUUUCAGUGAUGUCUAAGGCAGCUACGGAUACCUUAUAUACAAUUUCCAUAGAUUUCUGGGAACAGUAUGAUCCUUCGGAAGUUGGAGCAAAGGGUUUCGCUCUUAUUGGUUCCGAACUAUUUCACAUAUCUGCUAUUUGCUAUUUGUGUGGAAGCGCUGGUAAAGAGCCACUGAUCCACUGUCAGUGCUGUUGUGAGCCGUACCACGCCUUCUGUUUGGAACCAAGUGAAUGGAACGCUUGUGCACAAGCAAACUGGUGUUGUCCCCGAUGUACGAUAUGUCAGUCCUGCCAUCUUAGAUCUGGUCCAAAAUUGUCCUGCAUUCGUUGUCGCCAGUCGUUUCAUCAUUCGUGUUUAUCGAAGUCUGGCGUUAGCUCGAGAUUGUACAGUCCCGAUCGACCCUAUGUUUGUCAGAGCUGUGUUAAGUGUAAGAGCUGCGGUAGCGAAGGCGUCAAUGUUCACGUGGGCAAUUUGCCCCUGUGCUCCAUGUGCUUUAAGUUGAGGCAGCAGGGAAACUAUUGCCCUUUGUGUCAGAGAUGUUACAACGAAAACGAUUUUGACACGAAGAUGAUGGAAUGUAGCGAAUGUUCAUGCUGGGUGCAUGCCCGUUGCGAAGGCCUCUCCGACGAGCGUUACCAAAUACUUAGUUACCUGCCCGAUUCAAUUGAGUUCACAUGCAGCCAAUGCUCUUCCAAUCCAAACUCUAUUUGGAGAAAUGCCAUAGAAGCGGAGCUGAAGGCGGGUUUCAUCGGCGUGAUAAAAUCUCUGAGCAAAAAUCGCAAAAUCUGCAUGGCUCUCAAAUGGAGUCCCAGGAAGGAAUGUCUCUGCAGGCCAAUUUCAAGCGUGAGGAAACUCGAGUUUCCCGAAGAUAAGAGUGAAACGAAGGAAAACGAGGAGUCGGAGGAGUGCAACACCGACAAAUUCGCAGACACGGAUUCGAGUUCGAGUACCAAUUGCAAAGAUGGCGGUAUAAAUAAGCCCGAGGUUUUGGAGGAAUGUUCGACAGACGGUUCCAGCAGGAAAGGUCUACGACGACUGCGACAAAAGUUUCAUCUGAGAGAAUGCUCCGUCAGAGUGAAAAAUUGUAUCCCGAAGGACUGUCAAGACGAGCGAGAGAGAAAAGAUUGGACGAACCAGGAGUCGUCGUUGAUUCCUUCGAACGACACGGAAUGCCACUGUUCCGAGCAGCAGAUCAUCGCGAGACCUUCGCCCACUUUAAUGUCCGUGAAACGAAAGGUGAACGGUAACGAGUACAAAUCGCUGUCGCAGUUUCACUGCGACAUGGAGCACGUAAUUAAUCGCGCCGGUUCGAAAGAUCUGACGGAAACUUACCACGGUAUUCUGCAAGAAGUUUUUCCCUGGUUUACUCCCAACAGCUACAAGUGUAACGACAACAAUGACAACGCGACAACGCCUUCGAAGGACGUGUGCAAGAGUACUGCUCUGAUCAAAUUUGACGAUCCCAUCCUGGAGGCGUGGAAAGAGGAGGUGACGAAAGCGCCGAAAGCGAUCGCGGCGAAAACGGCGAAUUUGUACAAUAUCCAUAUCGAGGACAGCAGAUCGUGUUGCUUGUGCAAGGGCUUGGGCGACGGGCAGGAGACAAAGGAGGGUAGGCUGUUGUACUGCGGGCAGAACGAAUGGCUGCAUGCGAAUUGCGCGUUAUGGUCGAACGAGGUAUUCGAGGAGAUAGACGGCUCGCUGCAGAACGUUCACGGUGCGAUUUCGAGGGGCCGUUUGAUCCGCUGCACCGAGUGCGGGAAAAAGGGCGCGAGCAUCGGCUGCUGCGCGAGGAACUGCAGCAACACCUUCCACUUUUCGUGCGCGAGGAAUAUCGGGCUCGCCUUCAACGACGACAAAACGGUAUUCUGCGCCUCGCAUGCGAACAAUUAUGCGCACAAGUUUCUGCAGAAUGAAAACGAGUUUAGUCUGAAACGGCCGGUAUACGUGGAGUUGGAUCGUAAGAAAAAGAAAUACGUGGAGCCGAACAAAGUUAAAGUGAUGAUAGGCUCUCUAAUGAUCGACUGUUUGGGGACCAUAAUUCCGGAAUUCUCUGACACGACCGAGAGGAUAAUACCGUGCGAUUACAAGUGUUCCAGACUCUACUGGUCCACAGUGAAUCCUUACAAGAUAGUGCGAUAUUAUAUCAGGACUUACGUGCAAGUUUACAUGCCAGACGUUUCAUCCGACAUGGAAAACAACAUCACCAUCGACCACACGAAGGAGCGGGAGAUGAAAGAAGCGUCGACAGACGCGCAGAGAGUUGAUUAUCUGGCCGUCAAACAAACUCUAGACACGCUCGUCGAUAUCGUGUGCAACAAGGAAGCCGAUGAGAAUCUGGCGGAACAAAAUAAUACAGACCUUUUGCCGCCGGAAUUGAAGGAGGCUAUAUUCGAGGACUUGCCACACGAUCUACUGGACGGGAUCUCGAUGCAGGAUAUUUUUCCGAAAAUGUCGUAUGAGGAUUUUUUAGCCAUGGAUUUGAAGAACGACGGCUCGUUCACCGCAGAUUUGUUCAAAGACGACAUGCUGCCAUCGGAAAUCGAAGAGGUGAUGAAGCCAUCGGAAAACAAAAUUUCCAAGAUGGAUCCGUCUUUGUUGGAACUGGGCUCGCAUAACGAUCUUUGGGUGCGACUGGAGGCAAAGACCGCGGUUCAAGACCUCAUGGAUGAUCUGUUCAACUCGAAGAGUCAGAAGCGCGGCGGCCGGGAGCUAAAACGAUCCAAGUCCGAAGUGAUGUCGAACAAUCCGUUGAUUGUUGGUGGCCACCAGCGACACCAUCAGCGCUCUUGCAGCCUCACCUGGAGCUGCAAACUCGACAAUACUUACGGCCCUAACAUAAAGAGACGGAAAUUACCGCGAAAUCCAUCCAGCACCAAGUCGAGCGAAACGGUGCUGGUUCUGGAAAACGCGCAAAACGAGCGCACGUCCAUGUUUCACGAACUGAGGAUUCCGGAGAGUAUCAUGGUCACUGUCGGCCGAGGAAAUACAUCCAAUAUAUUAUCCGACUCUGUACGCGAAUUGAAGUACUGCAUCGAGGAUUCCGCCGGAUUGAAUCGCCGCAUGUUGCCAGUCAGGGACGAGACGAAGGAGCAGAAGAGAUUAUUCUGGCACCCGAGGCAGCAGCAGCCGCGUAUAGUGCAGGUCGACGGGCCGGCUGAUGCUAAUAGCGCGAGUGAGUGCAGUUCGCCAGAGUACAACGCCGAGGAGAAGAGCGCGGGUCCGCGCGCAUUCGAAUCGUUGUCCAUCCCGCAAUUGGACGGCAUCACCGACGAGCAUUCGUCCGACGCGAGCGAGCUGAGCGCGGAGAAGGAUUUUAACUUGCGGGCCACGAGUUUUCUACACUCGAAGCGUAUUUUCAGCUUCAUCAAGUCGAAGGUUUCGAAUGCGAACGACGCGUCGCAAAAGGAGAAGAAGGGCGGCAACGAUAAUCUCGUGACCGCCUCCCUUCCCAGAUGCAGCUUGCGCAAAGUGGAAGCUUUGUUCAAGGAGAAGAGCGUCAAGCUGAUGAACCUGGAGAUCAUCCCCCAAGUGGACGGCGCGGGUGACGUCUCGAGCGACGACGAGUGCGUCUCGUCGCAACACGCGGCGGCGCACGAGAGAAUGAUUCACGCCGCGUACGAGCCGCCGUUCGAGCACAUCGAUCGACCCGUCACCUGCAAAAGGUGUUGCUGCACCUACCGCACUCAGGACAGUUACAACCGCCACCUGGCCAACUGCGACAUCAUGAUCACCAGCGACAGCGACUCGGAGACGAUGGACAACAAGCUCGCUUCGCCGGAGUCGAGAUUCUCGCCGAGCGUGGCGUCGCCGCAGUUCAUCACGCUCUCACCCUCCGAAGGUCACACCCUAUCCCACACCGAUUACACGGACAUCCAAGCGACAUCGCCCAUCGAGGCGUCCGUGCCGUCGCCGCAUCCGAGCAUCCAAAUCGAGCCGAUCGCUCAGGCGAUCAUCACGCCGCAAAUUCACACGGCGCACGCCACGGUCGAAACGGUGCAUCAAACAGUAUUAACAUCCAACGACGUGAUCGUUCAAACUCAGUACACGCGCAGAACCACCACCCUACCGAAUCCAGCAGUAUUACCACCUCCUCAGGAGAGCACCGUGCGGAUAACGGAGAUCACGGAUCCGCCGUCUAUUUCCAACGAUUCCAACGUCACGCACGGUGUAGUGAAUACGCCGAUGAGCUCGCCGGACAGCACGAGCUCGCAGACCGUUCCCAGCCCGGAGAUGUCGCCCACUUUCUCGUCCACCGGUGUGCAGACCGCGCACGAAUCGUCGCAUUCGAACGUGCAGAUCGCCCGAGCGACCAUCAAAACGAAGAAUCCACGGGUGACGAAACCCAGGACGAAAAACAUCAAGUCGCAGCAACAUAUCAUGAGGAACGUGAUGCAGACGCCGCACAACACCGCGCACGCCAGGUUUCAGCCCGCGGCGAUACAGAGCGGCCCGCCGGUUAUCCAGCUGCAGCAGACCGCCCAGAGGCCGACGGUGAUACUUCAGCAGGUGGCGUCGCCGGGAAUCGUGUCCGCUUAUGUGGAAACGCUGCAGCAACAGUCCGGCCAGAACUUGCAGUACAUCGCGACAAUCGGCGGUGGACAGCACGAGACCGGUAUGCUGAAGCCGCAAUUGAUCGCCGCGAAUCCUCUGGUGCCGGGCACCUAUAUACAAGCGCCGUCCGCCGACAAUCUGCUAGCAUUGCCGAAUGGUGGUAUUUCGAUAUUGCCGAGCGUGCAAAUCGCGCAGACACAACCAACGGUACUGGGCACUAUCAUUCAGCAGCAACCAGGAGCGAUUCAGUGCGGUGUCAUCUCAUCCGAACAGUUGUUGCUGAGUUCCACGCCCACGCUGGAGAUGUUCGCCGAUCCGACGGGCGGUAUGUUCGUGUCGAACCAGCCGAUGUACUACGGUCUGGAAACGAUCGUCAGCAACACGGUGAUGUCGUCCAGCCAGUUUAUGACGGGCGCGGUGCCGCAGGUAUUGGCGAGCAGCUAUCAGACAACGACGCAGGUGUUUCAAGCGUCCAAAUUGAUGGAGCCUAUCGUCGACGUGCAGGCCGUGUCGAGUGUGCCGACGGUGACGGCGGUGCAGGCUAUGCAGAACGUAUCGGGCGUGCAGAAUGUACCCGGCGUGCCUAAUAUAGCCGGCGUGGCGAGUAUGCCGGCUGUAAACGGCGUGUCCAACGUGCCGGCAGUGCCUGGCGGUUACGUGGUGGUGAAUCAACCGGCGCCACCUCCGCCGCCACCGCCGCCACCGCCACCAGCAGCACCAGCGCCGGCGACAAUAUUGGCGUCAGCUCUGGCGACGAUAUCAGCGCCGACGUUGGGGCCGACACCGCCGAGAUCAACGCUACCGCCGGUACUGUCAGCGGUGGAUCCAAUCGCGACAACGUCACACAUGAAGAUGUCCGCACCGCGUCAAGAGCAGGCUUUUAACGGCAUCGCGUGCAACGGUGCAACCGCAUCGUUGAUACCGUGUCGAAACGCGACCAUGGAACAAUCGUCGAUACAAGUAGCCGACAUAAGCCCGUCGAAUGUUUGCGGCACUACCAUCGCCACGACAUUAACGAGCGUGACGUCGCCGCCGCCGCCGCCGCCGCCGCCGCCGUUACCGCAUGCCGUGAUGCCGACGAUACCCCGCGUCGCCGUGCGACCUAGUCCGGCUGCGCAUUCAGUCGCACAGAUAAAUCACGGAACUACAUGGAAGAUCACCGAGACGCUGUUCGGCGCGGAGCAAUCGAUGAGCAACAGCGUGCGGCCGUACUUCGAUUCGAAGCACGUGUCGGAAAACACCAGCAUGAUCAAAUCCAGCAUAUCAUCGUCCAAGAUACCGCCCCUACCGAAUCACUAUGUCGCGCAGAGAAACUUAGUUGUAAAUAACAAACCGAACCACGAUGUAAAUAGUGUGCAUAAAAGCUACAGCAGCGGUGCCGUACCUAAUCCCAACUGUGUAAACUUGAGCGGCAACAAUCCGGUCGUCAACGCCAACUGCAACUCCUCGCAGAACAAAAUCUCGAUGGCGAUGAGCAAUGGCGUGCCGACCAGUCGACCGAUGAACAGGGUCUUACCGAUGCAAGCGGUCACACCGAAACAAGAUCCGGCGAAGAAGGACGACUUGACGAUCGAGGAACCAACGAAACCGAUGAUCAAGCCGGCCGAACCGGAAGUCGCGGAAUCGAAGAAAGAGAUCGUCGAGGAGAUUGUUCCGAUCAACAAAUCUGAGGCUGCGCUCAACAACAUUCUUAGCGACAGCAUCAAGUUGAAUCAGGAGACUAUCGAGAAGGUGAAAGAGAAUCUCAAACUGGAGCUUGACAAGGAAAAGCUCCAGAACACGUCGUUAAAAAUCGUGCUGCAGAAACAGCUGCAAGAUGGCUCUUACAAGAUUACGCGCAACAUGAAGGCAAUCACUCAGAGCAAGAAAGUGCCGCAGGUGACGUCCGUGGAGAUACUUCCAUCGAAGCAGGUACCACAGAUCGCAUCGCUGCAAUUACUGCCGAUCAAAACGUUCACGCUCAAAACGAACAAAAUUGAGGACAAGGUGAAGCCCAUAGACACGAAGAUGAACAUACUUAAGACAAAGGCACCGCCGGUGGCCGUCAAGAAACCUAGAAUAAUCGCGAAAUCGAUCAGACCGAUGAGGAACGGCCCGCAACAGAAUUCACAGCAGAUACAGAAGAAUUGCGCGAAGGGACCGAUUUUGAUGUACGAAAUUAAGUCGCAGGACGGUUUUACUCAUACCGCCUCGUCUAUGGCCGAGGUCUGGGAGACGGUGUUCGAGGCGGUGCAGAACGCUCGCAGGGCCCACAAUUUGCCGCCUCUGCCGCACAAUCCCCUGUCCGAGGGUCUCGGUCUCGAGAAUAACGCGACCAUUUAUCUGGUCGAGCAGCUGCCGGGUCUCAACAGGUGCAGCAAGUACAAACCCCGAUUCCACACUCCAAGACCGCCGAAACCUGGCGAGAUCGAAAACGAAUUGCCGGCAGCGUGCGACAACGGGGCAGCUCGAGCGGAGCCCUUCAAAGGCAGGAAAGUGCACGACAUGUUCAGUUGGCUGGCGUCACGGCACAGACAGCAGCCGAAAGUGAUCACCAUAUCGGAAGCGGAAUCCAGGCGUGUCGCAAGUACUAAUUUGCCCAUGGCGAUGCGCUUUAGAAUACUUAAAGAAACAUCAAAGGAAUCUGUUGGCGUGUACCAUUCUCACAUUCAUGGUAGAGGACUAUUUUGCUUGAGGGAUAUCGAAGCUGGUGAAAUGGUCAUUGAAUAUGCUGGCGAAGUUAUUCGAUCUUCCUUGACCGACAAGAGAGAAAAAUAUUACGACAGCAAGAAUAUAGGUUGUUACAUGUUUAAAAUCGACGAUCACCUGGUUGUUGAUGCUACGAUGAAAGGAAAUGCAGCUAGAUUUAUCAAUCACUCAUGUGAGCCAAACUGUUACUCACGAGUAGUUGAUAUUCUGGGUAAGAAGCAUAUACUGAUUUUUGCUCUUCGCCGCAUUACUCAGGGGGAAGAGUUGACGUACGAUUACAAAUUCCCAUUUGAGGAUAUCAAGAUCCCUUGUACUUGCGGUUCCCGCAGAUGUCGCAAAUACCUCAAUUGAGACUGCGUAUAUACAGCUUAUCCUAAGCAGCCGACCGACACAGAGAUAAAAUAUGUGCUAUAAUUGCGAGCGCGCGCUUUCGAAUAGGAUUCGUUUUAUUGAACGUUGUUCAUUUUACUCAUCAUCAAACUAUUUUCAGAGAUUGCAGCUUUUUAUUACUAUAAAUGAACAUAGAUUAUACAUUUUAAAUAUUAGAAGGCCAGAUAUAAUACGCAAAGCACAGCAAUUACAGCAAUGUUGCUUUAGACAGCUACGUUCGUGUAGUUGAUUUAAUGGGGUAUGUGUGUGUAUGUGCGUACACACAUACACACUCAUAUCCAUAUAUAUAAAAAUAAAUAUAUAUAUAUAUAUAUAUUAUAUAUAUAUAUAUAUACACAUACACACAUACACACACAUACGUAUACCUAUAGCAAUAAACAAUUCGAGUAUAUCCCGCUUUCGUACCCGACAAAGUCGCGCGUACCGACGCGUUUCAGACUUUUGAAAGUUACUUUACACACGCCUGUGCUUUCUUGCACGAUUUUUAGACUCUAUCAUUAUUACUAUUGAGGCUUAAGUGUACAAGUUAUCUUACACUUUACACUAAAUACGAGCACUCUUUAGUUCUUGGCCAUAAUCCUUACGUAUUCUGUGUGAUAAAGUAUCCUGACAGUUUUAUUGACUUCCUCUUAAACGAACAAUAUCGAGAUGAAAGUGUCGUGCGAGAAUAUGACGGAAAAAAAAUGGAGUUUCGAUCAUUGCAGCUUUCGGAAAUACAAUUUUGUGUUUCUAGUGUCACAAAAUAAGAUUGGCGCAUAAGCCAUGUACAAUGCAAAGAAAUCUUACGAAACAAGUGAAUAUGACACAUGGCAAUUGUGCAUUUCAAUAAUUUAUGUAAAUUUUUAAUUUGGUGUACAGUGUAUGAUUAACUUUGCGACAUUUCAUGUCUGCUGUAGGGCCAGAUAAUUCAAAUGUUUUUGUAAAAUAUGUAAUUGUUAGAUUAGAUAUAUAUCAUCUUUGAUGUAAGUACAGCAAACAGUUUUAACUUAAGUUAGGAAUGUAGAUAUUAAGGAGAGAGAUAGAGAAUGGCAAGCGAGAACAGUCUCCUGGACUGCAGGACAUUGUUCAAAGGUAUACCAACUUUGGCAGAUAUUGAUUUUAUACUUUAUCAUUUCUAUGACAUCAUGUGUGAAAGGAUAACAAUCCGCUUUUCAGAUAAUCAAUUUCUAAAGCUAUUUACCCAUGAACUUUAUUCAGAUUAAAAACGGCACAAGUUUGAUUUUUUUGCUCUUACAAUUUUUAGAUAUUACACUUACAUGUUUGUGCUUCCAUCUUGUUAUAUUGCGUCCAUAUUGGAGGAUGAUUGACUUUAUUAUUUGAAUUCUGAGCUCGCAACAAGACACAUUUGAUUCGACGAAUAUUCAAUUAACGAGGGGUUAACAAUUUUUCAUGCUUUCACAAAAAUAACUUCUCUAUCGGAGAAGUCAGUUUAUUUGUCCAGUUCGAUGAAGAUUACAUUGUAUUGUUUGAGGUAAACAUCUCCGGGAAUACUCCCAGUAAACGUUUGUGAUACUUUCUCAUAAUGGGACACAUUAGAGAUGUUUUUAUAAGAUGUUUAUAUAUUUUACAUUUAUAUGGCUAUAGAUAUACAUAUAUCACGUAUUCUAUACCAAUAUCCUUCUACGAAGUAAAGUUUUGCCUUACUUUUAAUGUACCUACGCUUUUACCCGGUGAUAGAUUUAGAUAUAUAUUUAAUGCAAAUGAUAUUUUAUAUUCGAAACUAACACAACCGCAACGGGCAUAACGCACGGCAUAGCCCUCUAAGAUGAUGCGUAAUUAGCGUAAUCAAUCAAUUUCUGCCGAGGUGGUAGUCCCUUAAAUUUUGGUGCUCCAUGGACACCGUUAAGUGCACUUUUCAUGAAAAAAAUGGCCUAGAGUAAGAGAUAGUAGGUUGCAGUACGGAAGUGUUUGAUAAUAAUAAGAAAUGCGUUAUACGAAGAAUAUUGAUCGCGAAUUAUUUAAAGAGGUAAUAUAAAGAAGUGAAAUGACGGCGGGAGUAUUAUUUGGGCACGUGAAAUGAUGUCAAACGUGCUACGAUUUUCAAUCGGCCUGGUUUGGUACAAAGUGUGUAUGCUGAGUUGUAAAAAGUUAUAAAAACGAGGGAUAACGGAAACUUGUUCUGGUCACGUGAAAUUGCCAUUUUAUAGGUAUUUUGUGAAUCUUUUUUUAAUAUUAUGAUUAUGGAUAAUUAAUAAUUAUUAUUGGAAAGAUAAAUAUUGUUAAUAUAAUGAUAAUUAAUUUUAAUCUGUACAUGAAAAAUAAUACGACUAGUAAGGAUGGUAACUUACUUGAAAAUAUAAUUAACAAUGUUAGAUAUUUUAUUGAUAUUUAUUGAUUACGAACGGCGGGUAUUAAGGUUGACGAAAAAAAAGUACUAACGUAAACUGAACGAUUUAGGACCGGUGCACGUACGGUGGUCACACUGUUGAAUAUAAACAUAAAGAUCAAGUUCUUUCUUUUUUUCCCAGCGAACAAGUAAAUAUGUAUCUUUCAUUCAGCCUCUUGAUCGUUACACUAAGAAUAUCACGAUUAUUUCGAGCUUUACAACGUGUUGAAGCGCUUUGUAGAGCAUUGCAUACUAUGUAAUUCGAUUUUUACAUCGCUACGUAUUAUAAUUGUAAGCUGUAGGCUACCAAUAGAAAUCAUUGUCCGAUUAUCAGUUCUACAUUCUUGAGCGGACUUCAACUUUCUCGGUACACAUAUUGUCCACUCUCUUCACAUCGUUUGUAUCGCCAACAUUUUUUUCUAACGUACCCACGCAAGUCCGGCGGAAGAGUACGGAAUAGUUUGAGCGUGCGUUUGCGACGGGACACGCGAGAAGCGAGAAAGAGAAAGAAGGGAAGAAAUUCGAUUUAUCUCCUGAUAAUUCUUGCCUGGUUUCGAACGAGAGUGUCUGUUUGCUUUUUUUUCGAACGUACUCUGUGUCUUUUUCAAUUAUUCUAUAAACUACGUGGAGAGUGCGUACGAGUCUCCUUAGUAUUACACAUCCAGCCUUCAUUAUCAUUAUUAUUAUCGCUAUUAAUUGUAAUCUACAUGCAUCGUGAAGAAAA